UCUGUAGUAUACGCGACGGAAAAUGAAGGGAAGGAAUUGGUAUAUAAAAUGUCUGCUCUUCUCCAGCUACGAAAACAAAAUUGAAAUGCAUCCAUUCCCAUUCAUCCAUCAUUCUUCGCCGCCGUAGUCUCUUCUGACGCCCGUUGAACCACCCGAUAUCCAAGUUCAAGCCACAGGACGAUCCAUCAAUUCGUCCUAACCUUGCCCUAAUUCGCCGGAUUUCUUUUUUGCACAUCUGAAUCAAAAUGCCUGCCGUCACUCAACCCCGCGGCGAGAGCAAGUAUGACGCGAUCCCAGGCCCCUUGGGUCCUCAGUCAGCCUCUCUUGAGGGCAAGGUUGCCCUCGUGACUGGCGCUGGCCGUGGUAUCGGCAGGGAAAUGGCCAUGGAGCUCGGUCGUCGUGGCUGCAAGGUCAUUGUCAACUACGCCAACAGCACCGAGUCCGCCGAGGAGGUCGUCGCCGCCAUCAAGAAGAACGGCUCUGACGCUGCCUGCGUCAAGGCCAACGUUGGUGUCGUCGAGGACAUCGUCAGGAUGUUCGAGGAGGCCGUCAAGAUCUUUGGCAAGCUCGACAUCGUUUGCUCCAACAGCGGCGUCGUCUCCUUCGGCCACGUCAAGGACGUCACCCCUGAGGAAUUUGACCGUGUCUUUACCAUCAACACCCGUGGCCAGUUCUUUGUCGCCCGCGAGGCCUACAAGCACCUCGAGAUUGGUGGUCGCCUGAUUCUGAUGGGCUCCAUCACUGGCCAGGCCAAGGCUGUGCCCAAGCACGCCGUCUACUCAGGAUCAAAGGGUGCCAUCGAGACAUUUGCUCGCUGCAUGGCUAUCGACAUGGCCGACAAGAAGAUUACUGUUAAUGUGGUUGCUCCUGGUGGUAUCAAGACCGAUAUGUACCAUGCAGUCUGCAGGGAAUACAUUCCAAACGGCGAGAAUCUCUCCAACGAGGAGGUUGACGAGUAUGCCGCGAGCGCUUGGAGCCCUCUACAUCGUGUGGGCCUGCCGAUCGAUAUUGCCCGUGUGGUCUGCUUUCUGGCCUCGAACGAUGGCGGCUGGGUCACUGGGAAAGUGAUCGGUAUCGACGGCGGUGCUUGCAUGUAAAUGGGUGGGGAUUUGGCAGCUGGAGGUAUAUAAAUAGAUGUUUCUACGUACUUGAAACAAUGGAGACAGUUGCUGCCCAAAGAUUUCUGAUAUCUUGUUGCGUAGGGAGCGCAGAGUAGCCAAGGGGCUCGAGUGAUGUUAAUAUUGCGGUAGUCACGUGAUACUUGACCCCUGACUUUAACACCAUGGUGUACGUACUCCG